CACUUCAACCUUCUCUCUAUCUUCCUGUACCCCUUUUCAUCCCUUUGCCACCCGUUCUAAUCCCCUCAUUGUCACUGUUGCCGUCUCUAUCCCCCUGGCACUGAUGUUUCUCGAAUUCCCUUACCACCUUGAUGGUUCUCCAAAUCUACUUUUACUACAAAGAGAAAUCAGACCAAGGGUUAUUCUCCUACUUCAUCUCUCAGCUUAUCCCUGAAUUUCUUGUGAACAAGGGAUUUUGCAAGGUUCAAAUUCCUUGUUGAUAAGUAGAUUUCUUUUACUGUUUGUCCCAUUAUUGCUUUCUCCAAGGCUAAUCUAUUUUUGGUGGAGAAUACUAGGAAUUGGUUCUUUUCUAAGAAAUAGUAGAAGAUUAGAGAGCUUCCUCCAUGCAAAUUGGAUCCCAAAUGUGAUGAAAAGUGGAAAUUUUGGGGAUAGAAAUAGAGUACAGAAGCCUCUGAAAGAUGUUUAUCUCGAUGAUGAUGAAUGAGUAUCUACUUUGUUAUCUUGAUAGUCAUGUGUCUUGUGACUGAGAAUGAUGUUUGCAACAACAUUCAUCUGGGCAUCGAUCGUGCUUGUGCUGCUGCUCUGGCCUUACCAAAGAGUGCACAAGGAAAUGCCUAUGGCCAUUUCUCUGGGAGAUAUCUAGGUACUGUUACUAGACAUGUGGUCACAACUUGGCAAUUUGGUAUGUCAUCUAAAGCAGAUUUCCUGAGUUCAGAAUGUACUAUUUUUUGUUCAUUCACUUUUAUUUAUUUCAUGCUGAAAAUAGUUAAGAUAGAGGAGGGUGUUUGGAUUGGGAAGUCCAUGUGGCAGCAGUUGGAAAGUGAAAUUGAAUGGAACAUUGGAUAAUGCUACAUUGUGAAGAAAAACGGAGACUUUAAUGAAACCUAGGUGACGUGUGUGAUCUUAGCUUUGAGGGCUUUAGCUGUAGAGGAACGUUUGUUGGAACAAUUUAUCAGCUUCGUAGGAGUUGUUCAACUUUUUUUUUGGCACCUAAAGAGAAGUUGUGAUUUCAAAGUAAAACCGAUAACUCCAU